AUGGGUUACAAGAUCAUGACUGGUUUGAAUGACAUGUACUCAAUUAGGGGCCAAUGGGUACCUGCCUACUUCCGUGAUAUCCCAAUGUGUUGUCUGAUGAAGACUACAUCAAGAUGUGAAAGCUCUAACUCAAGCUUCAAGGUCAACUCUUCUAGCGCUAACACACUAGUUCAGUUCAUGCUAUGUUACGAAACUAGGAUAGACAAUCAGCGUUACAGGCAACGUGUUGCAGAGUUUAAAACUUCAUCUAGUGUAUUCAUGGACAGUACUGACUUAGCUAUUGAGAAGCAUGCUUUUGAGUUGUAUACACAUGCAAUUUCCACAGAAGUAAGAAAAGAGAUAUACAAGGGGAAGCUGUUUUGUUACAUUGUAAACACGGAGGAUUGUGAUGAUGUUUGUGUUUACUAUGUGAAUCAGUUGGACAAACGUAACAAUGCAACCAACACAUUCACGGUUAAACCUGAAUUGAGAAAUCAAUCGGUCUCCUGUUUAUGCAACAACUUCAUCCGUAUUAGAUAUCUGUGUAGGCACAUUUUUUGUGUUUACCGGGUAAACAAUAUUGAAAAAAUCCCGGCCCAGUUUGUUGUUAAGCGUUGGUCUAGGGACGUGCUUCCUAAAAGUUUAUUUUCUAUUGAGAGUCGAUAUGGCGUUGACACUCGUCCACAAGCUGCUGCGAGAAGUCAGAUUCUUGAGAUCGUAACUGAAUGUGUAGACGCAUUAAGAAGUGACGUUGGAGGACUUUCUUCUUUCGCUGAGCAGAUAAAGGAACUGAAAUGCAAGUUACUAAAUGGAGGACCAGUUGAUGACGAAGCCAACAAUGAUAACUAUGCUGCUGUUGAAGAAUUGCUUGGUGUUUCUUUAGAUGGGGACGUAACUCUCAACAAUCCAGACGGGAUCAGUAACAAAGGACGCGGCAAACGCCGACGAUUGUCUAGAGCAUCUCAGGAUGGAACGAGCAACUCUGCUGUCAAACCUCCCAAAACACCCAGGCUUUACCGAACCUGUAUGAAGUACGUGACUGGGCAUGAUUCAAGAAAUUGCAAGAAAAAGAAGAACAGGAAUAAAUCGGGUAAUGAGGAUGAGGACGAGGACUCAAGCUCUGUGAGUCAGGAGUCCACUUGA